CUUCUCUUAAAUUUUAUUCUUUACAUAAUCUCCUUUUAGUUAAUCGCUCAUUUUGCUCCUGUGUUGUGCCCUUGCUUUGGACUGAUCCAUUAGAAAAAGCACGUUCUGACGAUGACCGCUAUAAAAUCAUUGAUAUUUAUCUUUCAUGUUUGAAUAAAGAAGAGCAAAUAGAGUUAGAUAAGUUGUUAAUCAAGAAUAUAGUGAUUAAAAAACAGAAAGAACUUUUGUUUCUAUACGUUAAUUUCUUAAAAAUAUAUUCUUAUUAUGAGUUAAAACAUGUUGGUGUUUUUAUGUGGUGUCUAAAAAAAGAUAUAUUGUCAUUGAAACCCCAAGUUUUUUUACUCAUUCAUAAAAUGAUUGUUCGAGUCUGCCGCUAUAUUAAAGAAUUAAAUAUUUCAACAAACACCUUCGAUGCUGAAUGGUUUGUAAAUUUACCUAGACCUUGGUUUCCUCAAUCAACCAUAACUAGUUUGGAUAUUUCAUUUGGCUUCUUCCCUUAUGCAUUAAAUGAAAGUAUCAGUCAGUUAAUCAGAAAAGCAUUCCAAGAACUCAAAGAAAUUCGUGUUAUAAAAGCGUCUUUUGGAAAUGGAAUUAAUGAGGAUAAUGCUAUUAUUUUCACUGAAAAUGAUUUAAAAAAUAUAGCAAGUUUGCCUAAUUUAAAAAUUUUAAAAAUCGAAAACUCCUCUUUUAAAGCAAAAGAUAAAGAAAUCAUUAGCACUUGCUCGCUAACGAAAUUGCAAAAACUAAAAUUGAAGAAUAAUGAACUGGUAAUAAACAAGUUUUUAGUUAGUAUGAAAUGUGAAACUUUGAAAAUUCUUAGCAUUACUUUAACUAAUUCGCAGAUCGAAAAAAAUGAU